CGGGCCACUGGCGAGGCGCUGAGAGUGACGUCUAGCGGGGCGACCUCCCACCGACUUUCCCGAGCUCUGCCGAGCAAGACACGAGGUGACACAGAAGAGCCAAUCUGCGCGGAUUCUUGGCCGUCUCCCUGCAGAUCAGCUGGCUCAGGCCUCUCCAGCAGCGGUAUUUGUCGCGAUUGGCCCCUUCGAUGUCCUGCAGCGCACCGUUUACGGCUCUGGGCUGCCUGGUGCGCGUACCAUGUUUGUAGGCGGCUGAUUCCAUCAGCCCUGGCAGCCUUAUUACUAGUGUCAUCCACCCACUUUCCCUCCCGUCCCUCCAUGAACAGCUCCCCGAUCACACGUUUCAAUAUCCUCGUCUACUCUGUGUGAGCGUGAUUUGUUUCACUGCUGCUGCCACUGCUGCUGCUCUUGUCCGUCGUUGCAAUAACGUCAGGGGAGAUGCUCGCCCGGAUACCAUAGCUAUGGCUACAUUCACGGAAACUGUUGCUUGGAUCUGCCUGAUCUGGAGUGUCUUCGUUGUCCUGGUCGAGACGAUUGGCAUUCGCGCCAUCUUGAGAAACUACAAACGACCGCUCCCUCCCCCAGUGUCUCCCAAUCUCCGACAGAACGCGCCUCAUGUAACCAUCAUCCGGCCAGUCAAGGGCGUCGAGCCUCAGCUCUACGAAUGCAUCGCCUCGUCCUUCCUCCAGGACUACCCCGUGGACAAGCUGUCCAUCCGCCUUUGCGUCGAUGACAAGAGCGACUCUGCGUAUCCGAUCCUUCAAAAAAUCGUCGAGGACUUCCCCGCUUUCGACGCUCGUGUCCUGGUCGAAUCUGAGGACCCUGUCCUCCACGGCCUCGAUGGCGAUGUGAACAGCUUGGGACCGAACCCCAAGAUCCGCAACAUUAGCAGAGCAUACCGAGAGGCCAAGGGGGACAUCAUUUGGAUCGCGGACUGCAAUGUCUGGCUUGGACGCGGCGUUUUGGGUCGUAUGGUAGACAAGCUGAUGGGCUACGGCGUGGGUGGGAGCUCUGCUCGCCCUUACAAAUUCGUCCACCAGAUGCCGAUCGUCGUUGACUUGACAGACUACUCCUCGCCACAAUCCGGCGACAGCCAAUCUCUAUUGAAUCCUGCUUCUGGAGAGCGCCUGACCUCGGAUCCAGAUGCGGGGAUAUUUUCUAGAAUUUGGUCUCACGGUGGUGGCCGCCUUGACGAAAUGUUCAUGUCAACUACUCACGCUAAAUUUUAUGGAGCUAUCAACGCUGUCGGCAUAGCUCCAUGCAUCGUGGGGAAGAGCAACAUGUUUCGAAAAUCUCAGUUGGACCAGAUCACAAACCCUGCCGAGAAUCCGAACCUGCCUGCGAACAGGAACCGUCCUCUUGGUGUGGAUUUCUUCUCCCACAACAUUUGCGAGGACCACUUGAUCGGCGAACUGUUCUGGCAGUCCAAGAUUCCCGGUUACCGAAACCAUGGGAUUGUAUGGGGAGACCUUGUCGUCCAGCCCAUGUCGGGCAUGUCUGUCGUCGCUUACGCAGCACGGCGCGCCCGAUGGCUCAGGGCUCGAAAGUUCACUGUCAUGGCAGCAACCUUGGUCGAGCCUGGUGUCGAGCCUUUCUUAUGCUGUGCCUACUUCGCUUUUGCGGCCACAACUCUACCCUUCUUCGAGGAGAAAUUGGUAGUGGCUCAAACGUGGUCCGCAAUGGGACUUAUCUGGCUCCUCUGCGUGACUACAUGGAUGUUGGGAGACAGGUACAUGUUCCGUCGACUUCACAGCGGUCUGACAAUGGCGACUGAUGCCAACACACCUUACUUUGCUAAAGGAGCCUCCAACAAAGGCGGAAUUCCAACGCGACCAUUCCUGGAGUGGCUCCCUGCGUGGCUUGGUCGAGAAAGCCUUGCGUUACCUAUCUGGGUCUGGGCCGUUGUGCUCGGGAGGACUGUGCACUGGCGUGGCAAAUCUUUCCGGGUUCGCCUAGAUGCCACGGUCUACGAGGUUACGGAAGAUGAGAGAAGAAUGCGGGUUGCACACACUCCUGAGAUUGAGCGAGCAUCCUCACGAAACAAGCGCCGAGUAGAUUAGACGAACGAAAUGAAUCACGGAAUGCCAUAGAACAUGAUACGCAAAUAUGUAUUCUCUAUCUACAGUACCACAACAAUAAAAUAUACUUCAU